UGCUGGACGGCCAGCAACCUAUCGUCAGUGUCGACGAACUGUGCCGGCAGGGCCGUUGCUAACCGCGACCCACUAGAUCACCAUGGAGGAGCUCGUGCUCGUCGAACACGUCUGCCGGAAAGAUCCCAAGGUCAUCGAGCAGUGCGAGAUCAGCGGCAUUCCGAAGGAAGACAUGCACAAGGUUUACUGCGAUCCGUGGACGAUCGGCUACGACGAGAGGUUCGGAAACAAGACUCGCUUUCAACAGGCGUUGAUGUACUACCGGCCCAAUUUAGACGACUGCCAGUACCAGUACCCGCUGGACUUCUGCCCGAUCUACGACGCCGAGAAUCAGAAAAUCGUCGAUAUCGACAUCCCAAAAGUACGGCGACCUCUGAGCAAGGUCGCGCCGACUAACUACCACCCGGCAGCCAUCGAGAAGACGGGGGGCUAUCGCAAUGACCUAAAGCCCAUCAACAUAACCCAACCUCAGGGGGUAUCGUUUACGAUGGAUGGGCGACAGAUCCGGUGGCAGAACUGGAGGUUCCACAUCGGGUUCAACUACCGCGAGGGCAUCGUUCUCAGCGAUAUCGCUUAUAACGACAAGGGGACGUUCCGCCCCAUCUUCUACCGGCUCUCGCUGGCGGAGAUGGUCGUGCCAUACGGAAACCCCGAGCACCCGCACCAGCGGAAGCAUGCCUUUGAUCUCGGGGAAUACGGCGCCGGGUAUAUGACCAAUAGCCUUGCUCUCGGAUGCGACUGCAAGGGGUCUAUUCACUACCUGGAUGCACAUUUCCCUACGAGGUCUGGCGCUGUUCGCACCAUCAAGAACGCGAUAUGCAUACACGAGGAGGACAGCGGUAUCCUAUUCAAGCACACUGAUUUCAGAGACGAAUCGGUCAUCGUAACCCGCGGGCGGAAGCUGGUGAUCCAGCAGAUCUUUACCGCGGCCAACUACGAGUAUGCUGUCCAGUGGAUUUUCCACCAAGAUGGGACGAUCCAACCAGAGAUCAAACUCACUGGAAUCCUUAAUACGUACAGCAUGAACCCCGACGAGGAUACCAAGGGCUGGGGGACCCAGGUUUAUCCGGGGGUCAAUGCACAUAACCACCAACACCUGUUCUGCCUUCGCAUUGAUGCGAACGUAGAUGGUCCGAACAAUACUGUGUUCAUGGCGGACGCGGUCCCGUCUCAAGCUCCGGUCGGCAGCCCGGAGAACUACCAUGGCAAUGCAUUCUAUGCUCAACGGACGAAGCUCGACACCACCGGCAAUGCCGCGACGGAUUAUAACGGCGCUACAAGCCGUACGUGGGAAAUCUGCAACACAAGCAGACUGCAUCCCUACAGCAAGAAGCCGUCUAGCUAUAAACUUGUCAGCCGAGAGGUUCCCGGGCUUCUACCGAAGGAGGGCUCACUCGUCUGGAAGAGAGCUGGCUUCGCAAGACAUGCCGUAUAUGUAACCAGGUACGAGGAUGACCAACUCUGGCCGGCAGGCCGGCACGUGCCACAGACAUCAGGUGAGCCGUCUCUUGGGCUGCCGGAGUGGGUCGGAGACGGCACCGAGUCGGUCGACGAUACCGAUAUCGUCUUGUGGCAUACUUUUGGCGUAGUGCACAUUCCAGCGCCUGAAGACUUCCCAGUGAUGCCUGUCGAGCCUAUCACCCUGCUCCUGCGGCCGCGCAACUUUUUCACCAACAACCCCGUCCUUGACGUCCCGCCUAGCUACUCUAGCACUCCCAGCCAGGUAGCAGCGAGCGGUGCCGGCGUGACAAACGCCGCAGACAAGAUGAGCAAGCUCGCAUUUCCCGCCGGCGGCUGUUGCGCCGUCGACGAGGCCAACGGAGGAGAUGCUACUGCUGUCGCGAACGGAACAAAUGGUGGAACGAGUGGCCAUUAAGCCAAGGGCCCAGGAUGGGAGAAAUAAGGGCUAUGUCACGUUCGGAUCGAUGUGCAUGUCCGCCUACUUGUCUGACCUCUGGCGUAACAGAGGCUGGCGCGCGAGAGAUUCUUUUUGAGUUAAUAUAAUAUCACGCGUCUGCUCUGGUCAUACCUACCCUGACUGAAUUGCUUAAUCAAUGUUGCGCGGUAAGGUACGGAAGGCCGAAUGAAUCCUAUCGGGAGACACUGUAAACGCCUUUGUUUCCUUGUUUAGCUGUGCGGGCUUAUACAGGUCAUGUUUUUUUUCCCUCGUCGUGAGGAGCGACUGUAGUGUGGCCGUGUGCCCCCUUUUCAGGCCGUUCAAGUGGUGUUAUAGUGACGUUACGGUUUAAAAGUUAGUCUUGCGUUCCUAACACUAAUAUUACUCCUACAGAC